UAAAAAAAACUAGUAAAGUUUUAGUUUAGCAAAUUUUCUUCGCCAACAAGCAAACAAGUAAAAUGAGUAUAUGUUUCAGUGUUCUGAUAACCCUGGCUGUAGUAUCGGUUAGUUUAUGCCAACCACCUGCAUAUAGCGAGUCUUACGCUAAAGUUCGAUUCCAAACUCAAUGGAAAACAUCCGAUGGCAAUAAAGCCCUAUUAAAGGCGGAAGAGACACAUAAAGAAGAAGUUACAGAAAAUUCGAGAGUGGUUUCUGAUGCUGAAUCUAUUUCACUAGCCGAACAUCAAGAAUUGACAACAGAACGUGAAUCUGAGCAAAUUAAUUUUGCCGGUAUGCAACGUGGACAGUUGUUAAAGGAUAAACUACAACAUGAUGACGAGGGCAAAAAGAAAAGCCUUGCUACAAUUGCGCCAGAUUCAGACGCAAAGAUAAUUGAAAAUUUGGAUGAAGUAGAGUAUGAGCUAGAAGACUUAAAUAAUCAAGGGGUUUACUAUAUAAUCCAUCCCAGCGGACUUUUUCAAAAGGUUGUUUAUAGUACGUGGGAUGAUCCACAGUAUAUGCAGUCCUCCACACAAAUAAACAAUGCCGAUGUUGAUCCUAUUAUGGAGCCCGUUUACACUUAUGAUCCGACCACUUUUGUAUUUCAGCGCUUCAUUCUCGGUUUGCCACAAUAAUAUGCAAAAAUGCGUAACUAAUUUUUGCAACUAAAUUCGAAUGAAUUUGUGCAUAAAGUGUUAAAA